AUGACCCGAACUCAAGCAAUGAACGAGUUUUGCAAACGCCGACCCCCAACCUUCCACGGAGACACCAAUCCCGUCGUGGCCGAGACAUGGCUAAAUGAGGUCAAGAUGAUCCUUAGAACCUUAGGAAUCACCCAGGACGGAGACCGUGUGGCCUUGGCUACAUACCAAUUGAAGGGAGAAGCACGCUAUUGGUGGGAUCUGAUAGAGGCGACCCAUGACAUUGCCACCAUGACGUUCACCGAGUUCGAGACCCUGUUUCUCGAUAAGUAUUUUCCCACACCCCUUCGCCUAGCCAAGGAACAAGAAUUCUUGAACCUGAAGCAAAGAACAUUGACCGUCACCCAGUACAUGGCCAAAUUCGAAGAACUGUCCCGCUUUGCCCUAACCUCCAUACCAACCGAAGACAAGAAAGCCAGAAGGUUCGAGUGGGGGCUGACGACUGCUCGAAAGGCUGUGGUAGCUCAAGCCUUCGCCACCUAUGCUGAAGUGGUGAAGUGUGCACUCUGGCUAGAGAGCGAGCAAUUGGACUUCAAAACCCGAUGGAGGAAAGCUACUGACGGCACUGGUGGACCAAUCCGAACCCAACCACCCAACGACAAUCAUGGACCCUACCCCACCAAAUCCUCUAACCCAUCUCUAAGCACCCAACCCUGGAGGACUGCUAUCCUCGAAAGUGGGAAACCAAAGAGAGGCGGUCAAGACAUAGCGACAGUUUAG